UGAGUGCGAUGAAGGUGAAUGUCUUUUUUGACGCAGAUGUGGAUGUUGAGCACUUUGAUUUUACACGCAUUUUCUCGUACGCAUUUUUUAGCGCCCAUACACACGCAACUUCACAUGAAAGCAGCACUACGCACUUUUCCACCUCUUACUUGCUGACGAGGCACGCCCACUCGCGACCACCGUGAACGUUACACGUAUGGUACAUGUGUGUUACAUGUGUGCACUUAGUGAGCCAACGUAAUCCUCGUGGUGCACUAUUUGGCAGAGGACGGACGACGAUGAAGGGAGUUUGAGGACAUUUAAAUGUCCACGGAGGCUUAUUUUAACCCUCCUCCCAAGACAGUUUUGUUUUGCCAACACUGAGGGGCGCUGUUUCCCGGAGAAUUCUAAACGGGGACGUUUCCCGUAUGCAAUAAUAGAUGUUUAUGUUAAUCUGCACGGGACAGUAUAUUAAUGGACAGACAUACAUUGCUGUAAAUAUGCACAGUAUUGUAGAGUACACAGUACAAUGCAGUAAAAAUAGCUAAAAAGUUAAUAAAACAGUUGGACUCACGCAUUUUCAAUGAUGGAUAGAAUUGGAUAAAAGGUACUUAUGUGUCAGCGUCUUUCUGAUUUUAUGUCUGUUGUACAUAUACAGCAUAUGCAGGUAAGAGAAUACUGUACAGAGGAAAACAAGGGGAGUAUUAUGUCAGAGGCAUUGGGGUACCUGUACUAAUCUCUAAAUGACAUCCAAGAGCAGUAUUGUGCUCUACAGUAUCCAGAUAUUAUUUUAAUAGAUGAUAAUAAUUUCAUAAUAAAUCAAUAAAAUAUGCAUAUUCAUCCCUGGUUUCUCAUUUUAGUAUUAUUUUUUAGAUGUUUCAUAUAUUUUUGUACGGUAUAUUGUUUAUUUUUAACCAUUGCUACACUCACACACAUGAUCUAGCUAUUACACUCAUGUGUAUCAAUAGUAGUAGUAAGAGUUAAGUAUUGUAUAAUAGCUCUCAGUAUGAUCCAGUCACUGUAAACUACCACCACAGUAAUGAUAGUAUUUUUCAGUUGUUCUGAUGCAGGCACUUCCAGGUGUACCUAAUAUUCUGUGUAAGGGGACCUCAGGUGUUCAGUCGUGCAUGACUCCCUUUUGUAUUUUGAUUUUUAAAUAAUUCAUCACAGCCUCUAGUCGUGUUUUUGUCAAUUAAAGAGCCAUGGAGGUAACAGCCGAAGCCUCGCUCGCCGCCGCCGCCCCGAAACCUCCGCCACCCUGUUUCGGCGGCCCCUCCCAUGGUCUCCUGGAGUGGCGUCGGCGGGUCCGGUCGGAGUACAUGCGCCUUCGCCAGUUAAAGCGCCUUAAGAAAGCUGAGGAGGUCAAGGCUGUCUUCAUGUCCAACCGGCAAAAGAUUGAGGAGCAGACCAACAUCCUGAAUGAAGAAUGGUCCAAACUAAGGAUCCAGUCUGUCCCCUUGUCGGCCUCAAGUGGACCUGUGGCUACUAAGAAGAAAUCCUGGCCCUCUUUCCAGAUGUGCAUGGUGGAGUCCGGCUUCCCGGGAUUCAAGGUUCAAACCGUCGCCAUGAAGCCUUUGUCCACGGUGGCAGGAAUCCCCUUCAUGUACUCCUGGUCGCCGCUGCAGCACAACUUUAUGGUGGAGGAUGAGACGUUCCUGCACAACAUUCCUUACAUGGGUGACGAAGUGCUGGAGCAGGAUGAGGCCUUCCUAGAGGAGCUGAUUGACAACUAUGAUGGUGUCCAUGGCGACAGAGAAGGUGGGUUCAUUAGCGACGAGAUCUUUAAGGAGCUGGUGGAGGCCCUGAGCCAGUACUCUGACCACGAGGAUGAUGACGAGGAGGAAGCGACGGCCGAGGCGGCGACAAAGAAGGAGGACGAGCGAGCCAUGAGGCGCAGCUCGACGGAAGCUUCAGAGGAGACCAAAGCGCCGUUCAUCAGGAGGAAGAGGAGGAACAUUGUUGAGGAAGUACGGGACCCGUCCAGCAACAAGAAGAUCCCCAGCGACAAGAUCUUUACAGCCAUCGCCUCCAUGUUCCCGUACAAAGGCACCACGGAGGAACUGAAGGAAAAGUACAAGGACCUCCUGGAGCCCCCCAGCCCGGUCAAGCUGCCCCCACUGUGCACUCCCAAUCUGGACGGACCCUUCGCAAAGUCAGUGCAGAGGGAGCAGUCACUGCACUCCUUCCACACGCUGUUCUGCAGGCGAUGCUUCAAAUACGACUGCUUCCUGCACCCUUUCCACGCGACACCUAACGUGUACAAGAGGAAGAGUAAAGAGAUCCGAAUGGAGACGGAACCGUGCGGCAUGGACUGCUUCCUCUUGCAGAAAGGGGCUAAAGAGUUUGUGGAUCAAAACAUGCUCCGGUCUCAGAGGUUCCGGAAGAGGCGCAGGCAGCAGCAGCCGCAGCAGCAGCCGCAGCAGCAGCAGCAACAACAACAACAACAACAACAGCAGCAGCAGCAACAGCAGCGUCCCACCAGCUCAAGCUGCCCUGCACCGUCUGGUUCUGCCGAGGAGAGCAAAGAUGGAGAAAGCGACCGUGAGACCACGUCCUCCUCAGAGGGCAAUUCACGUUGUCAGACCCCUACCAAGCUGCGUCCGGUAGAGGACGAAAGCGAGCAGCAUCAACAGCAGCAGCAGCUUCAACAGCAGCAGCAUCAGCCGCAGCAGGCGGCGUGCUGUGUGGUCGAGUGGAGCGGUGCAGAGGAGUCCCUCUUCAGGGUGCUGCACGGCACCUACUUCAACAACUUCUGCUCCAUCGCGCGCCUCAUCGGCACCAAGAACUGCAAGGAGGUAUACGAGUUUGCAGUGAAGGAGGUCCUCAUCCAUCGCGUCCCCCUGGAGGAUGGAGGCAUCUCCCCGCAAAAGAAGAAGAGGAAACACAGUUUGUUUGGCCGCGGAGCCGCUGGGCCCCCGUGCCACACUUUGGGCACCCCUGAUGUGCUGGCAAAGAUGUUAUGGGCAAAGAUUCAGCUCAAGAAAGAUAACUCGUCCAAUCAGGUGUACAACUACCAGCCGUGUGACCACCCGGAUCACCCGUGUGACAGCACCUGCCCGUGUGUGAUAACGCAGAAUUUCUGCGAGAAGUUCUGCCAGUGCGAACACGAGUGCCAGAACCGUUUCCCGGGCUGCAGGUGUAAGACGCAGUGUAACACCAAGCAGUGUCCCUGCUACUUGGCCGUCAGGGAGUGCGACCCGGAUCUGUGCAUGACCUGCGGUGCGGCCGACCACUGGGACAGCAAAGUGGUGUCAUGCAAGAACUGCAGCAUCCAGAGAGGCCUCAAAAAGCACCUCCUGUUGGCGCCCUCAGACGUCGCUGGAUGGGGCACCUUCAUCAAAGAGCCUGUGCAGAAGAACGAGUUCAUCUCGGAGUAUUGCGGCGAGCUCAUCUCCCAGGACGAGGCGGACCGGCGAGGCAGAAUCUACGACAAAUACAUGUCCAGCUUCCUCUUCAACCUGAACAAUGCAGACUUUGUGGUGGACGCCACGAGGAAGGGCAACAAAAUCCGCUUUGCCAACCACUCUGUCAAUCCCAACUGCUACGCCAAAGUGGUGAUGGUGAACGGUGACCACCGCAUUGGAAUCUUCGCCAAGCGGGCCAUCAUGCAGGGGGAGGAGCUCUUCUUCGACUACAGAUACAGCCAAGCCGACGCCCUCAAAUAUGUGGGCAUCGAGAGGGAGGUGGACAUGUCUUAGCCCUGCCGUCCUUAAGUCCACAAAACGUCUCCGUCCCUCUCUGCAGCAUCGCACGUCAUCUCUGUCCUCGCUGCUGCGCUUCCAAAAAUAGACCACGGCCCACCACCCCCGUCUCAACCCCUCCCUGCUUGUUUGCAGGUGCAUUUUCCCGCAGACAAAGCUCCGCCUCCAGCAGUAUGUAUACGCCACGCUUCUCAGUAUUACUAUUAGUCCGUGUUGCUAAGGGUUCUUCUUUCUGUUCGUCCAAGCCAAGAUGCUGCAGCGUACCGUGUGUAGUUUUGUUACAGCGCUCUCUAGACUUUAAGGCUCACCUUCCAUUUCUCCAGCGCCAGCUUUCACUAGCAAGCAUGCACGUGCCGUCUUUCAAGAUACAUAAACGCAUUUAGUUCAAGCAGCAGUUCAAGUAUUGUUACAUCUCUACGGUGUAAAACGUAAAGCGUGCAUUUACUUGGUUGUUCUGCAGCAGAUAUGUAAUAGGCAAGAAACCGACUGACUGAAUGUAACCUGUAGAUGGCAACAGCGAAGAGAUCUCACCUCUUUUAUAUUUGGUUGUUUUUUUUUUAUUUAAGGCAUUUACCUGUCCAUUUGGUACUUUGAGCAUUUUUAGUUGAGAGGCAAAGUGAUUAAUAAAUUAACACAGCUAACCUCUUCCUUAGUAAAUCAGAGAAGGUGCCAAAUUGGUUCCACACAAAAAUAAAAAGGGGUUUUAGGGCCACACUGAAAAGGAAAACAGUAAGAAGAAUGUAUUUAUACUAAAACAUGGCACAAAAACUCUCAUUUUAAUUUUACAAUAAAGUGAUAGUUUUGACCAAAAACCAAGUCAUAAUGAAUCAUUUCACUACACAAAUAGAGCAAAUUGACGUGGAAUAAUUUUUAAACUUUGACCAAAAAACUUUUUUUCUCCUUUAGAUUACAUGAAUGAAGUCAGAGCAAAAGAAGUAAUUUUGAAGAAGAAAUAAGUUACCUAAAUCUAAAUGAAAUGCAAAAUUCAUUCUACGUGGAUAAAGUCAUAAUUUUACAUUAAAAAAAUACGGUAAGUCAUUUUGAAGGGAAAAAAGUUACCAUUUCAGACACUAAGAUUUUUACAGGGGAAAAAGGCCUUAUGAGUCGAAAGUCGUAAUUUUAUGAAGCAAAAGUUCAAAUUUUACAACAACAAAAAAUCCGAGUAUACUUAAACUUGUAAUUUUACUAGAUUAAAGCUGUAAUCGUGUUGAGGAAAAAGUCAUAAAUUCACGAGAAAAAGGUGUAAUUUUUUGUGAAAGCGCAGUUUUAUGAGAAUAAAACAUCAUUUGGACCAAAAACAGUCACACUUUAUAGGAAAAAUGUCCUAAUAUUACGAGUAUGAAGUCAUAAUCCAUUUUAAUUUGACAAGAAAACAAAAACGGAAUAUUGCGUAUUAGGUUACGUAUACAUUUUAGGAAAGCAAAGUCUUAAAUGUACAAUGAUUUUACGACAUAAAAGACCCAAAUUUUGAUGAGAAAAAAAAUUGUAAAUGUAUGAGCAAAAAAGUCAUUCUUUAUUUUUUUCAGAGAGUAAGACAUUUUAACAAAAAAUACAUCGGAAAUUAAGUCUUAACUCCGCACGAGCAGAGUGAAUUUUACGUGAAUAAAAUACGGAAUUUUGACGGGAAAAAAGUUGUAAUUUUACAAAAAUAUUUUUGCACGGGAGAAGUCAUAAAGUAUAAAAGUAUAAAGUGAUCAUUUUGUUGAGGAAAAAGACAACAAAAUGUGUAAUUUGACAUGAGUAAAGCCCCGAUUUUACAAGGAUAAAAAUGUCAUUUGGACAAGAAGAAAACAAAAGUCACUUUUUUAGAGGAAAAUAGUCCUGAAAUCACCAGUACAAAGUCAUCAUUUUGCAAGAAAACAACAUGUCGCUGAUAUAUUACCCAAUAAAUAUGAAUUUGACAUUCUCCAAAUGCAAUCAAUAUAUUCUCUUUGCAUUAUGACUUUUCUACGUAAUAUUGCAGUGUGGCCCUAAUGCUCCUCCGUACAAGCGACAUGUGCAGAAAUACAACAAAACGAAACGGUGUUGAACCAAAUCUGAACAUGUGAUGUGAAUGUCAAAUCUCCUCUAUCAUCCUUUCAUGUUUGAAUAAUCAGAUCUGUUUUUCCAUUCCAACUUACAAUGAGAUCUUUGUCAAUACAAUACAAAGGAGUUCACAGCUAUGUACAGCGAAUGCCUAUAAUAAUAAUAAUAAUAAUAAUAAGAAAAAUAAAGGUUUAACUUUAUACAUUAAAAGCGUUUCCUGGUGGUGCUUGUCUGCAUUUUCAAAAAAAAAACAUCCACUGGCUCCUUCAGGCUUUUUUUUAUUGAGGUGAAUUUGGUUUAUACACAAUAACAAUAAUAAUAAUAAUAAUAAUAAUGGACAUUUACAGUGACACAAAGGUAAAGUGAGAGCACAAACCUGAAUCUGCAUUUUGACUUGUAGACACUUUAUUAGGUACGAUUUGGAUCCACGAGAAGAGUUUAGGUUGACACCGUCAGAGAGCUAUUAAUUGAACAAUGUGCUUGUUGCAGAAUUGUGUGAUGCAGCUCUUGCGUUGGAUCCCAUUCGGUGGUACCUAAUGGAGUGAAAAUGUCAGUUCAGCUUCCAACACACAAAGCGUCUUGCAAAGAAAUGUGGAACUAUCACUCUAGCCCCCUCUAGUGGGCAUUUAAGGCUCUUGUCACCCAAUGCAACUUAUCUUUUUUUUAUAUAUAAUUUUUUCUUCAUUGUAUUACUGUUGGUGCACAACAAGAAGUGAAUCUGGUUUGUUGGCAUCCGUGCACAGGAUUGUUGGUGUGUUCGUAAACUGUGAUCGCACUCAAACAUGGUGGCCAGGAAGUAAGCCAAGCAACCAGGAAGUUAGCCAGUUAGCCAAUUUCCCCAAAACAAAAUGUCAUGAGUCGUGCCACGCUAAGUUAGAAAGACAACAGCAAGCAAGCAAGCACACACACACACACGCUUGAGGGACCGCACGUGGUAAGUGAGAAGCUAAGCUAACAAGCUAAUAGUAACACCUUUUGUCAGAUUGUGUUCAUUUAAAAACGCAAUCAUGCGUAUUACUGACAAGCAGUCACUGCCGUUUACAUUCAUCUUUACAGCACAUUCUUCAAAAAUAUAGUGUGACAUUGCCGGCAGUAUCAGUACAUUAGCAUACUUUUGUAGCCGCUUGUAGUACCGUACCACACUUUACAUCCUCUCUCUGUACAAUCAAGCAAAAGUAGAAGCUAACAAAUGUACAUUGUUUUAAUAGCUAAAGGGAGCAAGUAAUUGUACUUUCUCUGUCCUGAGCGUUCUGUAAAGCUAGCUUAAAUGUUAGCGCUGAUCAGUCGCGUUCAAAACGCAAUAAAAGUCACUUAAAUAAAAGUGGCUUAAGAAGUAUCUUGUACUGUCAUUGGAGUCAUGCUCUUUGUUUUACAAAGACAAUAGCUGCUAAGCUAAGAGUGAUGAUUGCUACUGCAAAGCUCAAACUAUGUUGCGUUUGAGUUUAAUGGGACGCUACCACACGACGCAUGAAAUAUCAGCAAAAAGUUGGCAUUACACCAUCAUGGUCCUCCCAUACAUGUAUAGUGAUUUAGGGUGUUUUCACACUUGCACUUUUUAGUCUGUUUUUUUUUCCCUCUUGGUGCGGUUCAUGUGGCCUGAUUUCGUACUAUGGCGUGGUACGACAGGUAGCCUUAACAGUUGGCGUAUGCAUCGACUGAAUUGACAAACAAAGCAACUAUUGAGCUUUAAACAUGAUUUCCGCUGGUUAAAAUGAUUUUUGUUUUCAAAUUUCACAUGAUGUACUCGUGAAAAAAUUGUAUAGGUGUCCACUGGUACCACGUAACAAAACGAGCAAAAAAAAAACAACUCUGAGAAUAGUCACAAACUUAUGACUUAUGACAAAUCAUUUUUACUAAAACAAAGAACACUAAUCAUAAUUUUACAAGACAAAAGUCAGACUUUCACGGAGAAACGUUGUAAUUGUAGUACAAUAAAAUAAUUUUCCAGUAAAAAAUUAGAAGAAUAAAGUCAGAAUUUUCCAAGAAUAAAAUAUGUAAUUUUGCGAGAAAAAAGUCGGAAGACAAAAAAUUGUCAGGUUAUUCGUAACAAGUCAUAAUUUUGCAGCAAACUUAUUAUAGGAGUAUUUAGUGGCGGUUAAGUACAUAUUUAAUGAUGAUAAAUA